AUGACGACCGCGCAGCGCGCGUCGAUAGCGACGCCCACGAUUCGCUCGUCAUCUGCGCUCGCGUCCCGAGCACGGCGCGGCGCCGUCUCCGCGCGAGCGCGUCCGAGCUCGACGUCGAGCGAAACGUCCAGCGCGUCCGAUGUCGAGGAAACGCGCUCGUGGGAGACGCGGCGCCGCGAGGCGAUCGCGGCGAGCGUGAUCGGUGUCACCGCGUUCAUGAGCGCGGGAUCGAACGCUCGCGCGCGAACGGAAAGCGUGUUGGAGCUCACGCCCGAGAACUUUGAGCGCGAGGUGACGAACUCGACUAGACCGGUCUUCAUCGAGUUCUACGCGCCGUGGUGCCCGUACUGCAAGCGGUUGGAACCAAUAUGGGAGGAGUUGCCGAGUAAACUCGAGCAGGCGGGAUCCAAGACGCGCGUGGCGAGGAUGAACGUGGACACGUACACGGAUUACGCGAGCGCGUACGCCAUCACGGGCUUUCCGACGUUGAUGUUGUUCGAGAAUGGCAGGCCGGUGGGGGCGAAACAGGGGUUGGUGGACAUGACGACGGCGAUGAAGUAUGCGGGCGUGCGUGAUGAGGGCGUAUUGGCGCAGUUCGUGCCGGAGAAGAAGCUCGAUAAAAUAUUAUCUGGGGCGCAGGUAGAGUAUGUGCAAGGAGAACUCGGCGAGAUUCGCAAGGAGUUAGGAGGUCUCGAUUCAGACUCGCGCGCUCGAGCUCUCGCGGCGCUUCAACAGGUCGAAUCAAUUAUUGGCGUGCGCUCGCUCUGA